ACUUAUCGAAUCGACAACAAAACAAAAUAGGACCAAAUCGUUUUGACAGCUACCCUAAUAUACAUUUUUUCCUAAACUUACCACAAGUCUCUAUCAAAAUUGGCUCCAGACACGAUCUUAGAGAAUAUUAUAUAAGGAUGACUUUAGUGGGUUUGGCAGCCCGCAAGCUGGCUCAAAAGCAAAGAUCUGCAAAGUUGGCCGCUGCAUUCCCAAAUGGCAUACGCUGUCAGAAAUGUCUGAAUUUUGGGCACUGGAGCUACGAGUGUAAGGAAAAGCGAAAGUACGUUCACCGGAGCUCGCGUACCAAGCAGCUAAGCAAACAUUUGGCAGAAAAGGCUGCAACCAACGUGGAAUCAACAUCGACCAACGAGGCCCGUUCUUCAGAUGCCGGCGCUGAAGUGCGCCUGCAUCGGGAGAAACGAACAAAGCGUAAAAGAAAACGCAGCAAUAGCUCUUCAUCGUCGAGUUCGUCUAAUAGCUCAACUAGCAGUUCUAACUCGUCAAAUUCGGAUAGUAGCAGCAGCAGCGAUUCCGAUAGUUCCAGCUCCGACGAAGACGAUGAUGGUAGCUCCUCAGAGGGCGACUCAGGUUCCUCAAGUGACAGCGACAAUGACGACUCCAGCUCUAGCAGCAGUGAUGAUCAAGAAAACUCAUCACCUAAGAAGAAGAAACGCCGGGAUAGCUCAGCUGAAUCGUCCGAUGACGAUGCAUAAGAUGUAUAAACAGUUCUCAAUAUCAAUAUAACUACUACAAUAACUGUAACUGUAAUACGUAUAAUGCAUACAUAGCUUUAGUAGUUUAGUUUACUUUUGAGUGCUUUUACCGGGAAUU